CACUUAACAAAAUCUCACGAGACGCUCCGCAGAACAUCAACGAAUGGGGACAACACAGUAUUUCGUAUACCCAUUGUCACCCUGAUAGCCACUUAACUCCAUCUUAUCCCCGCACUCACGUCAUGGAUUUUCCCCACUUCAAUUACCCCUCGUACGAAAUUUCCAUCACCUAGAUUAGCUAUGAAUGGUGCAAGUAAUGCGGAGAUGGAACCCGGGUGGUUCAUUCAUAUUUGCCGGGUCUAGGAUAGUGAUUUAUAAUUGCCGUAGUUGAAAACGUGUUUGUAUAUCUACCUCGUCGAUCCUCUUUGUUCCUCCACCUAUCCACUUCUCAACCUCCAUUACCUCAACCGAGCCUGCCCUACACCAUCAAAAUGUCCCUCCCAACCGCCCCCCUAGGCAAAAACGGCCCCCUCGUCCCGCGCCUGGGCUUCGGCCUGAUGGGCCUGAGCGCCUACUACGGCGCCCCAAAGCCAGACGCCGAGCGCUUCGCCGUCCUCGACAAAGCCUACGAGCUCGGCUACCGCUUCUGGGACUCCGCCGACGUCUACAACGACAACGAAGACAUGCUCGGCGCCUACUUCGCGGCCCACCCCGACCGCCGCGCCAACAUCUUCCUCGCAACCAAAUUCGCCGCGCCCAUCAAAGACUCCGGGCAUACAGAAAACUGCAGCGAGCCGGGCUACGCCAAGCAAGCCUGCGCGCGCAGCCUGAAGCGGCUCGGCGUCGACCAUAUCGAUCUGUACUACGUGCACCGUCUCGACCGCAAGACCCCCAUCGAGAAGACCGUGCAAGCGCUCGCAGAGCUGAAGGCCGAGGGCAAGAUCCGCCACAUCGGGCUCUCCGAAUGCAGCGCCGAGUCUCUGCGCCGGGCCCACAAGGUUCACCCGAUCACAGCCGUGCAGCUCGAGUACUCGCCCUUCGCGCUGGACAUCGAGAACCCGCAGAUCGGGCUGCUGGCGACGGCGCGCGAGCUGGGCGUAGCCAUUGUCGCGUACUCGCCGAUCGGGCGCGGGAUCCUGUCGGGCGCGAUCAAGAGCCGGGCGGACUUCGCGGAGGGCGACUUCCGCGCGUUCCUGCCGCGGUUCUCGGAGGAGAAUUUCGCCAAGAACUUUAAGCUUGUGGACCAGAUUCUGGCGGUGGCGAGGGCGAAGGGGGUGACGGGGAGCCAGGUGACGCUGGCGUGGCUGUUGAGACAGGGGGAAGAUAUUUUUCCGAUUCCCGGCACGACGAAUGUGGAUAGAGUGGUGGAGAAUGUGGAAAGUUUGAAGAUCGAACUCUCGGAGGAGGAGGCGAAGCGGAUUCGGGAUGCGAGUGAGGCGGCGGAGGUGUUUGGAGAGCGGUAUCCGCCGGCUAUGACCGUGGCUUUGUUUGCGGAUACGCCGCCGUUGUAGUGGUUUAAGCUAGGUCUAAUUGUGAAUCAAGACUAAGGUUCUGUAAGAAUGUGCACGUUCAACGUCCAUAAACUAAGGGGGUAGCACAGACUACUACGUGGGAAUCAAAUCAGUCCAU